UAACACGCCUGUAUUUGAAGUGAAAUUGGUCAGAGAAUCUACAAAAACACUUGUACGUUCUCUGCAUUGGACGUGGACGACUUCCGUGGCAGAUUGUAAUAAGCAAAAAUAUUUGUUUUGAUUAGUACAAUUAUUAAAUUCUGUGUGAUCGAUGGAGUUCCUUAAAAGCGGGUUUAAAACUGUUCUGGGAGCAACAGAAACAGGUCAGCAGCCUAGUGCGGCAGAAACUGUAGAAAAGUUAGUAGAACGAGUGAUUUCUUCUACACUAUUGGAUGAUCGACGAGACGCUUGUCGUGCACUAAAAGCACUAUCUAAAAAAUAUAGGAUCGAAGUCGGAGCGCAAGGUAUGCCGGCUUUGAUUCAAAUUCUAAAACAUGAUGGCCAAGAUUCAGAAGUAAUUAGCUACGCUCUAGAUGCAUUGUGUAAUAUAACGGCUGCUGAAGAAUUUGAUGAAGAAGCAGAUAACCCAGCUGUGUCAGUUAAUGUUGGAGAGCAAUUCACGGAAAUGUUUAUUAAAGUACAUGAUCAUGUUACAUUAGUUAUGGGUUAUUUAGAGGAAUAUGAUUUUCGUGUUCGCCGUGCGGCAAUUAAACUGAUAACAACGCUAAUUGCCAAUAAAACUAGAGAUUUGCAAGAAAUUAUUCUCGUAAGCCCAAUGGGUGUGUCCAAAUUAAUGGACUUACUUACAGAUAGUCGUGAAGUCAUUCGAAACGACGCAUUACUUCUACUCAUACAGUUAACAAAAGGUAACUCCAAUAUACAAAAAAUCGUUGCCUUUGAAAACGCGUUUGAUAAAAUUUUUGAAAUUAUACAAAGUGAAGGAUGUUCUGAAGGUGGUAUUGUUGUUGAAGACUGUUUAAUACUUUUAUUGAAUUUACUAAAAAAUAAUUCAAGCAAUCAACAAUUUUUCAAAGAAGGCUCUUUCAUUCAGAAACUAUCACCAAUGUUUAAUAUAACACCAGAAACCGAAGAAGCUGAUUGGGGGCCACAAAAAGUAUCAAAUAUACAUUGCAUGCUGCAAGUAGUACGAUCAUUAGUAACUCCAAGUAAUCAGCAGCAAGUAAUCUCAUCUUGCCAGAAAGUAAUGCGAAAAUCAAAAAUUUUGGAUUCGUUAUGUAGCAUUUUAAUGGGAAGCGGUGUACCACCGGAUAUUCUUACGGAAACCAUAAAUACGGUUGCUGAGAUAGUUCGUGGCGACAAAGAAAACCAAGAUCAAUUUAGUAAAGUGAUGGCGCCCAGUUAUCCGCCUCGACCAGUAAUAGUUGUGCUGCUAAUGUCGAUGAUAAACGAGAAACAAAUGUUGGAACUAAGAUGCGCUGUGUUGUAUUGUUUUCAAUGUUACUUAUUUCGAAACGAAGAAAGCCAUAAAGCUGUGGUUGAAACGUUAUUGCCAUCAUCUGAGGCGGAGGGAAGCAGCCAUUCAAUUGGUCAACUAUUAUGUGCUGGUCUCUUUUCUACAGACUCACUAGCGAACUGGUUUUCAGCGGUUUCCCUUAUGCAUGGACUUGUUGAUAGUGUUCCACAGAAGGAAGAACUCUUACGCGUUCUUUUAGCCACCUCUGGCAGGAGCAGACCUGUAACAUUAUUGGAGCAGUGUACAAAUUUACUUCAACAAGAUAGUUAUAAACAACAGAGUAAAGUUGGACUUUUAAUGUUGUUAUGUAUGUGGUUGGCUCAUUGCCCCAUAGCAGUUAAAACUUUUCUUAGCACAAAUGGAACAAUGGCAUAUUUAACAGCGCAGAUUAGUGCUAAUGAGCACGAUGAAAAUGAAUACCUAAUACAAGGGCUGUGUGCUUUUUUAAUGGGAAUUUGUAUUCAAUUUAAUGAUAAUUCGCUUCCUAAUCAAAAACGGAACGAUAUUUGUCAGUUGAUAAUUAAACGAAUUGGACAAGAGACUUUUUGCAAUAAGCUCAGUGAAGUAUCACGUCACGAAUCAUAUAGUCGGGCUUGCAAGCAGCCGCAAAUUCGAACAAAAUCAGCUUCUGAUCUAUUGCUAGAUUAUGAAUAUUGUAAGUUAUAUAAAGGCUUAGAAGCAUUGAUAGCAAAGUUAGUAAGCGGUUUUGAUGUUGAUGGUAUAGAAUUAACUGAACUAACGCUCAGUUCUGAAGCAUCUGCUCUUGUAGCACAAUAUAAAGGCAUUAUUCGUGACCUUGAUGGUCAAAUCAAUACGUUGCAACAAUCUUCAAAGAAGCUUGAAACAAAAAAUGUUGAACUGGAGCAUAAAUUGUCUCAAAUACAGAACCUUAACACACAAUUAUCUGACCAAAAUACCUUGCUGAAAGCUCAGAUAGGAGCUGUACAAAAGGGCACUACUACAUCAGGGGAUGAAGCGGCGGUUAAUGCUCUAAAUGCCGCUCAAUUUCAAACAAAUUUAUAUUAUGCAGAGAAUAUGCGAUUAACACAAGAAUUGGAAUCUCUUCGAAAGCGACUUGAAAAUGAAGUGCAACUUUCUAAAACUGCAAAUGACGAAUUGCAAAAGCUUCAGAAAGACCAGGAAGAUUUGCUUGAACUCCUAACUGAUCAAGAGACUAAAAUUGCUCGAUAUGAAGAGCAACUACGAACAGCUGGUUGUCUUAUUGAAAAUGAUGAUGACAGUGAAAAUAAUGGAGAUACUAAGUAUAAUGAAGUUGCACUCAAUGAUAAUCUUGUGGCAGCAGGUUUACUUUAAUACUAAUUUAAAUUUAUUUAUAUAAUUUUAAUUCCAGUGUAAAUGUUAUAGAGAUGCAAUGUUUUAAAAUAUUUAUUCCAAAAAAUUUAAUGUAGUUAUUUAUAUUGUGAGCAUCAUUUGAAGUACCAAUAAAUAUACCAUGUAUAAUAUAUUCGUAA